AUGUCGGCCGACACUCGCAACCCAAGAACGUUCCGCUCUCGUAUGGGCUCCGUAGGCUCUGUCCUACGACGAAGCUCUUCCUUUGGCUUCCCUCGACCCUCUUCACCCUCGAGAAGCUCCUCCGAGGCUGGAUCCGUUAGGUCUUCCGUUGGUUCUUCUCUCAAGGUCGACUCGACCAACCUCGCCACCCCGGGCGUCAAUGCCUCUCACACCAUACCGAGCCCUGUACCAGAAUCCCCUGCCGUCGAUCCAAGCCCAGCGUCAAAGGCUUCUGCCGACAAGCCUGCUCCAGAGGCAGCUCCAGAGGCAGAUCCAACUCCACCCUCACCUUCAGUCGAAGCCACCCCCAGACAGACGCAGCCCAUUGACAUCCCGAGCCCAAGAGAGCAGCCCGCUGAGGAGCACCCAGAACCUUUGACUUCAGAACAUCCGAUCUCAGAGACUCCUGCGCAGAUGAGUCAGGCAACGAGCCCCACGAAGACUAUUGAGGAGCAAUCCCCGCCGGGCCCGGAAGUUCAUGUCCAGCCCGCAACGGCAGAGCAAACACCCAUGACCUCACCCAUACCCCCGCAGUCCCAAGUACACGCGCCUUCCAUGUCGUCAAGGGAUACGUCGAUGUCAAGUGUCGCUCGUGCAGCCGUCAAUCCUCCCCGCGCCCAGCCUCCUGCCGAACCAAAGGCGCAGCCACAAGGCCAACCUCCCGCCGAAGGCCUACACGAGCGGCCCCUUGAGCAUAAUCCCUGGUCUUCGUCCGCCGCCAAUAGUUCUGGCUACUUCGGCCAACAAGACUCGUCGUCCGCCAACGCGCCCACCAACGUUGACAUUCCAUCCACAAGCGACCUUGGACACGAGGAAUUUACGAGUACUCAGACGACACCUCGUCAGAGCGACGAGCGCCACCCAUAUCCCAGUGUUCAGCAGGCUAUGAUAGGGAGGAGGUCUUCCGUCAGUGUGGGCAGGAAGCCGAGGGCCAGGGGCUCGACCGUGUCGUCUCAGGCAGGUCCAGUGCUGCCUCCUGGAAUCAACGGUAGGGAUUCUGCGAAUGUUAGUCGGUCGUCGCUGGCGCUCUCGGAGGAUCAGGAUGCUAAGGACGACCAGGGCAAGCGUAUUUUGAUCGUCGAGCAGCGUGGUCGUGACCCUAGACCCUCGCGUGUUAUGCGCGUCUUCGGUCAAGAUCCAUUCGCAGACCCAGAGGACCCCGUCGUUGUGCUUCCGCGAUCGGAUAGUCCGGUGAACAUGCCUGAGUACGCUUCUCGUCCCCCUGUUGUUGAUUGCUCUGGAUUAACACACACAUCCUCGUAG